AUGCCUUCUGCAAUCGGGAAGAAAGCCAUACUUGGACUUCCGGAGUCAUCGUCGCCGAAGGAGGUUGAGAAUGCAGUUAGACAGAAAAUUGAGGCGUUCGUCAAGGACAAAGACGAUGUCGAUCGUGUGUUGUCAGGUCUACGGUGGAUUGGUCUCUUUGAUCCCACGCCUGUUGAUAAAUAUGGUACACCUCUUGACGUUCUCUGUGCCGUGCUGGAGACCCGAAUGGCCUACCAGCCCGGAGAACGAGACAUGAUUGUGUUGCAGCACAUCUUUGAUAUCAAAUAUGCGGAUGGUUUGGUGGAAAAGAGAUCCAGUACUCUAGUUGAAUAUGGGGAGCCUCUUGGCCCGGGGAGUCGCAGUGCGAUGGCGAAACUUGUAGGACUUCCCUGUGCUGUAGGGGUUCUCGCUGUGUUGGAGGGACGCAUUCCAGCGACGGGUAUGGUGGCGCCUUGGUCGAGUGCGGAAAUUGCCACGCUGUUGCGGGACGAACUAAAAGAUAAAUUUGGCAUUGAGCUGAAGGAGCGGGUUAUCACAUAA